AUGAAUAAUUCAGGAGAUGAUAUUUAAUUACUAAAAAAAACUAUUAAUGAGAAAGACUAACAGAUAGGUGACCUCGAAAAAAAAUUGAGAUUAGAGUAAUUUAGAGUGAAAAAGCAAUAGAACGAACUAAAUGCAAAAAUAGAAAAUGAGAAAUCCACUGCCCAAAAUAACGCUGAUUAAAUCAAUCGUUUUGAGUCACAGAUAAGUGAUCUCAAAUCUAAGGUAGCUAUGAAAUUCAUAUUUAAGUUAAGCGAAACCGAAAAAAAAAAUUUGUAAUUAAUAGAGGAAAUAAGUGCCCUGAAGAAAAGAAGAGCAUCAGGUUCCACAGACGAAGAUUUUCAACCGAAGAAAGAACAUCAAGGAGAUUUUCCCUCUCUCCAAUAGAUUCUAGGAAUAAUACAAGCAAAUCAAGGCAAUUACCAACCUGAACUUACUAAAUUGUAUGAAUGCUACACUGAGGCUUGCCAAAGUAAAGACGAACAAAUCAAUUCCCUAAAGGAAGAAAUUAAGGAUCUUACUCAAUAACUAGAUACUAAAGUAUGCAUAUUGGUAAUUAAUGUUGUAGUAAUGUGAUUCAACAAAAUAACUGGAACAACUAGAAGAGCGAAUUAAAUAAUUAAAAUAGAGUCUUGAAGAGAGAGAGAAUGAAUUGAAGAAUGUUGUUCAAUAGACAAGUGAUAACAGUGAUCAGAAGAUUUAAGAAUUAGAAAAAUAAUAUCAAACUUAAUUAAGCGAAAAAGAUAAAUAAUUAUAAGAAACUACUAAGAAAGCCAAGUUUGAUGUUUUCAAGUUAAAUAAACAACUUACUGAAUAAAAGACAGCGGUAGAGAGUGAGCAAGCCAAGACUAACUUACUUCAACAACAAAUUGAUAGACAAGAGAGUUCUUUGAGAGAAUUCGAAAUCAAGGUAUAUUAAAUAAUUAAAUAAUUAUAGCUUUCUGAAUUAGAAUAAAAGAAUUUACUCCUGAUUGAAGAAGCUAAGCAAAAGUAAUAAGAAAUUGAGAGACUGAAUGAGGAAAGUCUCACUAGAGUCUAGGUUGAAGAGAUUCCUUAGGACAAACCAUCAUAUGAGGAAUUGGUUGAGUUGAUUUAGAAAUUUUAAGUUAAUGAGAUUACUUAUCAGUAAGAACUGAAGAAUUUCGAGGAGGAGUUGAACUUGAAAAAUACUCAUUCUUUUGGAUUAUAGGAGGAACUGAAUCUAUAUAUUGAAAAAUUCUAGUUGCAAGAUAGAAAAGUAAUUUGAUUUGCUUAAUUUUUAGUAUUAAGAGAGCAUGAGAGCAAUUAAGGCUUUGGAAGAAUAGUAAGUUAAUGAAAGAUAAGUUGCCUAAGAAUUGUAACAUUAUGUUGAAUAAUUAAAAUAAGAGAAAGAACACUAAUAAGCAGAAUUCAUAAAUAAAAUUAAAGAAUUGAGUGAGCACAAUACUAAUGUUGAUGAUGCUGUUAAUGAUGUGGAAUAGAAGUAUCAAAAAAUGAUGAUGAUUCAAGAAGAGCAAUAUCAAAGAAGAGAGUAGGAAUUGAUUCAUUAAAUUGAAUAGUCAGAAGAAAAAUUGAGUUAACAAGAAUAAUUAUUAAAGAAGUAGGAACAAAAGUAUAAAAAUGAAAUUAAAUAAUCAGAAGAAAAUAACAAUCAAAUUAUUUAAUAGAAAUAACUGUAGAUUAGUUAGCUACAAAAAUAACUAUCGGAUGAAACACAUAAGAUUAGAGAGGAUAGUAAUAAAUAGAUAAAUGAACUUAAAUAAGAAAACUAUAAAAAAGAGAAAUCACUUGAAUAAAAGAUCUAAGAAGUUACAAAGUAAUAUGAAGGCGAACUUAGUAAGAUUAGAAAGAUGGAAAUAGUGUUAAAGAAGAAGGAAAGAGAGAUUACAGAAGAAAAAGAAGCAAAGAAGUUUGCUGAAGAAUAAUUAUCAAUUCUAACAGAAAAAAGUAAUAAGAUGAUCGAAUAAUAUGAUAACAAAAUCAAAGAAAUUUAGAUAGCGAAUCAAGUAAACAAGCAAGAUUAGCAUAGAAAUUCCAUAUUUGAUUAGAGGAUGUCUAUUUCAAGUUCAGACAUUAAUAAAACAUUCGAAAUUGAAGUCUUGAAGGCUCAAAUAGAAUAACUACAAUCUAAAGGAGAUAUAGAAUUAUAGGCUGAAAUAAAUAGAUUAAAUGAAAGAGAAAGAGCAUUAAAGAAAGAACUGCUUGAUUUAUAAAAUGAAAUAGGAAAUGAGAGACUCAACUUCAUGGUAGUUUAAAGAUAGUUGGAAAAAGAAGUAGAAAGCUUACAUUAAGAAAUUAGCAAUCUCAAAUAAGAUCAUCAAAGUGAGUUAGAUGAAAUUAAUAAGGAAAGUAAUAGAAAUUUGUCAUCCUAAAAAAGUGAUCUCUAAAUCAAAAUUAAUAAAUUGGAAUAAAAGUUGGAACAACAAAUGACUUAGUUUACAAAGAAGUAAAAUGACAUUGAAGAAGAGAAAGAAAAUAUUAUUUAAUAAUUAAAGAGUAUAAUAUAUUCAUCUAUAUAUCUUAGAUAAGAUUAAAUAACUCGAAGAGCAAAUUAUUGAGCUGAAAGAUAAGAAAACCACUAAGAGCAAUACUCAACAAGCCAUAACCCAAGAUGAUACCAUAUAGCUUUAGUAAGAGAUUGUCUCAUUGAAUGAAAAGGAAAGAGUAUUAAGGAAGGAAUUAUUGGAUUUGCAAAAUGAAAUAGGGAAUUUGAAAUUGGGUCACACUAUAAAAAUCAGAGAGUAGGAAACUUUGAUUGAGUAGUAUAAAUAAGAGGCCAAUCAUGCUCAAUAAGAAUAGGAUUAUGCGGAAUAAAUGGCAGCCAAACUUAGUGUGUAAUAUGCAGAAUUGGCUAUGGAAUAUGAAAAUGCAGUACUACAAAACAGAACUUAUCGGAAAUCAAUAUCUAAACUUAAGUAAUGA